CACUGGGGGCGGAGCCGGGCAGAACGGGGCGGGACCACCCUCGUGAGGCCCAGGCCGCUGGGCCAGAGUGAGCUUUCCCUCUGCCGCUGCUGGAGUCGCCGCUUUAGUCUGCGCCGCCGCCAUGCCGCCGUACACCAUCGUCUACUUUCCUGUUCGAGGGCGCUGCGAGGCCAUGCGCAUGCUGCUGGCCGACCAGGGCCAGAGCUGGAAGGAGGAGGUGGUCACCAAGGACUCCUGGCUGCAGGGCUCCCUCAAGGCCUCCUGUCUGUACGGGCAGCUCCCCAAGUUCCAGGACGGAGACCUGACCCUGUACCAGUCCAACGCCAUCCUGCGCCACCUGGGCCGCUCCCUCGGACUGUACGGGAAGGACCAGCGGGAGGCGGCCCUGGCGGACGUGGUGAAUGACGGCGUGGAGGAACUCCGCUGCAAAUACGUCACCCUCAUCUACACCAACUACGAGGCGGGCAAGGACGACUACGUGAAGGAGCUGCCGGGGCGCCUGAAGCCUUUCGAGACCCUGCUCUCCCAGAACCGGGGCGGCCAGGCCUUCAUCGUGGGUGACCAGAUCUCCUUCGCGGACUACAACCUGCUGGACUUACUGCUGAACCACCAGGUCCUGGCCCCCGGCUGCCUGGACUCCCUGCCCCUGCUCUCGGCCUACGUGGCUCGCCUCAGCGCCCGGCCCAAGCUCAAGGCCUUCCUGGACUCCCCCGAGCACGUGAACCGCCCCAUCAACGGCAACGGGAAGCAGUGAGGGCCUUGGGCCGCGCUGAGCAGGAGGCGUGGGCUGCCCGCCUCCCCCCUGCCCCAGAACCAAUAAAAUUUCCCAGAGGAAA